AUGCGGAAAGACUACGACCGCGACUACUUCCUCACCGGGGACAUAGAUGUGGCCCUCUACGCAGAGGAGUGUGAGUUCGCGGAUCCAUUCACCUCCUUCAAUGGCCGUGACCGCUUCGUUCAAAAUCUGAAGAAUCUGGCAGGAGGUUUCAUCACUGCGUACAGAACCAAGCUUCUGGACUACGAGACCGUGAACCAGACCGAAUCGUCCGUCGAGGUGAAGAGCCGUUCCCAAGUCGUCCUGGACCUGGCCCUCCCAUGGAAGCCCACUUUGGGCUGGGUCUGGGGCGUCAUGCACGAGUGCAGCCGCCGCGUCGAUGCCAGCGGCGAAAUGGUCUGGCAGUGCGACGUGCACCGUGAGUCCUGGGAGGUAUCUGCCUCUGAGGGCGUCGCGAUGCUUUUCCGCCCUGGCAAAGGGCUCCUGGAGAAGUCGAAGAAGUAG